AUGGAAUGUGACAGCUGUGGCACUGGCAUUGGCACUGGUAGUCUGAUCGUGUCUGUUGACUGGAUAGGGAGAGGAAACCCUGGAGCCAGCUUGGCCAGGGGGAAACCCCAGACCGUUCCACUGGAUGGUGGGGAAGGCUUUGAAUUCGUGCUGAUGGGACCAGAGGGUGGGCUCGACAAGGCUGGCAUCAGUCAGAUCAGGGCGCAUACGACGAGGGAGCUGCACAAGACGAGGCGGCAGACUGGACAGGCUAUCUUGCGGAGGCGAAGAAAUCGACCGGCCAAUAUCUUCUUCGGGUCGCAGUUCGAUGCGUUCCAGGCGUUGCCGCAGCUUCCCAUGGAGGCGAAGAUGCCUGGGAUCUUGAAUGAGAUCAAACAUAAUGUGUUCCAUGUGUACAACCAAACGGGCAUGAGGCAGGUUAUAUGGCCUCGUGGGACCAAGGACGACACUUUUUUCACGGGCAUGCUCCUGAUGAGCUCGGUACACCUUGACAGUAUGAACACGGCCGGAUUCGAAUUAUCUCCUAUCACGACGGCUCUGAAACUAGAAGCCAUGAGGCAGGUCCGGGAGAAGAUCCGGACACAAGCGGCGGACGAUAUCAUUAGUUGCAUUUCGGCGAUCGCGUGUCUGGCUACAUGUGCCCUGGUAAGUGACAGCGAAGAUUGGGCUGGGGACUCUUCUGUUGGUAGGAAGACGGUGUUGUUCGGAUAUCAGGUUCGAGACGAGAUCGAAGGCGCCGAGGAGUAUCUCAUCCAUCGCAAGGCGUACGCUGUUCUGAUCAAGGAGGCCUUCGAGCAGCAGAUGUUUGAGCGGUCACGGUUCUGUAAGGACGUCUUGAGGGUCAUCACGGUCAUUGCUAUCGCACGCAGGUGUCGCAUGCCCACGUCCGGCCUGGCGCCGCCGAUUGACUCGGCGACGGCGCUGAAAGAGUACAGGUACGUCUUCGAAGACAUGUGGCAGAGCAGGACGCAUCCUGCGCCGGAGCUCUUCUCGCCGGUAUAUGAUGGGCGCGAGGAUCCGAGUGAGGACCCGCUUCCUUAUGUCCAUGUUCACGCCGAGCAUCUGAGGUUGUUGUUGCAGAUGAUGCAGUGGGUCGUCAAUGCUUGGCUGCGGCAGACGAGGGUGCCGCUUGAUGUUGAUGUUGAUGCUGGAGAGAGCGACACUGAUACGGUCGUGUUGAACUCUCUGUGCCCACGAAUCCUACAUAUGCCGUCGGCUAAAGUGCCCGGUCUGCCAUGCACUGGUGAUUAUGUGUAUGAGGCGUGUCGGAUCGUGGCGGUGCUGAUGGUCCAGAGCGCCGAGAGGAAUCAGCUUUGGCGGGUCCUCGCACAAGAAGGGAGUGGGAGUGAGACUGUCACGCUGCUGAGAGCCUUGAGAUAUGCUCUGGAGAAGACGGACCUCGGGUCCUUGUGGGGGAAGAACAUAGGCCUGUUGUACUGGGUUGGACUGGUGUUUCAUUGUGCGGCGUUUGGAUCCACGGAGUACCCGUUCGCCCAUGCGCUGCAUGUGAGGGCGUGCUUUGAAUUGACGUAUAGUUAUCACGAUUGGCAUGGCGCGCUGAAGCCGAUGCUGGCGUUGAAGGAUAUCAUGGCUGAUCCUUGACGAUACUGAUGACGGAGAGGGAUACCGGCGCCAACAAAGUGAACGGGUCCUGGGAGGACUACUCGUAUGUGGAUUCAAGCUGGGCUAUCAGGAAUGCAUAGAGC